AUGGCCGCCGUCCGCCCCUCGCCCUUCCUCGACCCCGGCGCCCGCAUCGCCCAGGGCCAACUCGCCCUCAUCCACCUCAAGCGCGACCUAAUCACGCCCGUUGUCGUCGACCCUCAAACAACCUCCACCGAUGGCUACGCCGAGCCCGUCGUGAACACGCGUUUCGGCUCCUUCCCGCACAGCGGCUUGCUCAACGUGCCCUGGGGCAGCCAAGUGCGCGCCGCCAACGUCGACACGGGCGCCCGCGGCCGCAAGGCAGGAGGAGGGAAGAAGCGCAAGCGCGACGACCAAAGCGCCCCGGCCACCGGCGACGACGACGACGAGAGCACCGCCAAUUCUGCGAGAGAGACCACCGCCGCCUCGACUGGCUUCGCGCAUAUCCUCCCCCCAACCCCAGAGACCUGGACCGUCUCCCUCCCCCACCGCACCCAGGUCGUCUACACCCCAGACUACAGCUACGUGCUACAGCGGCUGCGGGUACGGCCAGGCGACACGAUCAUCGAGGCAGGCGCGGGCAGCGGGUCCUUCACGCACGCCUCAGUGCGCGCCGUCUUCAACGGGACAGCGUCGGAGGUGGAAGCAACAAAUACGAGAAAGCGCAAGCGGCACGGCCACGUCUACAGCUUCGAGUUCCACGAGCCGCGCGCAGAACAGCUGCGCAAAGAGCUCGCCGAACACGGCCUCGACGCCCUCGUCACCGUCACCCACGCCGACGUCUACGAGCACGGCUUCCAGCCCUCCACCGCGCCCGCCGGGGGCGUCGCCGCCGACGCCAUCUUCCUGGACCUGCCCGCGCCGUGGCUGGCUCUGAAGCACCUCACGCGCACGCUCAAUACCGCGCCCGCCGAGUCGUCCACCCCCGCGCCGCCGGCCCCAGACGCAGACGCCGACGCCGACGAGGCCCACCGCGCCGCGGCCUGGCGCUCGCCGCUGAACCCGCGCAAGACGGUGCGCAUCUGCACCUUCAGCCCGUGCAUCGAGCAAGUGCAACGCACGACGGCCGAACUGCGACGACUGGGCUGGGUUAACAUCGAGAUGGUGGAGGUGCUGCACCGACGGCUGGACGUGCGGCGCGAGCGCGUCGGGCUGCAAGAAGAGGGGCUGCGUGGCGUGAACGCGACAGCAGCGACGGUGGACGAGGCGGUAGGGCGGCUGCGCGAGGUCGAGGGCCGCUUCAAGGCGUUCCACGAGCUGCAGAAGGAGAGCGCGGCCAGCAGCACCAACGCCAACACCCCGUCUGACGCUGCUGCUACGCCUGCAAACGCUCAUCCUAACCGGCCGUCUUGGGGCCGCGAGACCAAGGAGCAGCGCCUGCAGAAGAUUCGCGAGCGCGAGAAGCAGCGCAAGACGUGGAAGGAGGGCCGGCUGGUGCAUCGCACCGAGCCCGAGAUCAAGACGCAUACCAGCUACUUGUGCUUUGCUCUGCUGCCGCGGGAGUGGAGCGAGGCGGACGAGGAGCGGGCGCAGCGGCGGUGGGGGAAUGCUGGCGUGGGUGGUGCGGAGGAGGGAGAGGGCGAGGGCGAGGCCGCGGCGGAGAGCAAGGCCAAGGUCGUCAAGGUUGAGGCGUAGGUGUGUGUGUGCGUGCUGGGGGGACGAUGUAUGUACAGUACCAUUCCAAGUGCGCCAGUGUGCGAGACUUACCUAGAUACGCGCUCGAACCACGCACGGCUCGUGCAGAUGAAUCGACGCGCUCGAUUUUUUUUUGACUUCUUUGCUCUCUCACUCACACACUCUCUCUUGGGGUUAUGCUACCUGCUGUUGUUAUCACAGUGAGGUUCUGCGGCUUACGAUGGUGGCUGAGGUCCAGGUGGGCGAACAGGACCUAGUUGUUGAGAGGGUGAAGAGGAGAGACUUCCAUAGGUACCGUACCUAAAGAAGCUGCCAAGGUGCGGGAGGGAAAGAAGCGCUCGUUCGUUACUGCUGUUGCCGGCGGAGUACUGCCUACCUACCUACCUACUACGGAUUCUUACUUCCCACCGCUUCUACCAGGGAGGCAGGUGCGAGACAGGAG